AUGACGGAGCCGCUCUCGGGAAACCCCUAUUUCGCCUGCAUCCUGACGAGGGCCAAUGUUGAUCGCCAGUUUCAGCUGGUAAUGGAUCCAUGAAUUUCUCCCUCACUGCGGCUCCUGACCCCGUUGACUGAUUGAUCCAGAUAGUUUUCUCCCCCAUUUGUGAUAUGAAAUUCCUGUUGACUUUUGGACCCUGCUGGUGUGCUCUAACCCCCGUUGACUAUCUUGCUCGGGGUGAUGGCUGACCUACACCAGUUUCAGCUUGUAAUGGGUCCCGAUUUUUCUCAGCCCGCUGUUCUUGGAUCCAUGAAUUUCUUCCUGACAGCGGUUCCUGGCCCAUUGACUGACUGAUCCAUAUAUUUACCCCCCAUUUAUGAGAUGGAAUUCCGGUUGACUUUUGGGCUUCUUGGGUGCCCUAACCAGUCUGAUCCUGCGCUGUGUGAUGGUUGACCUAUAUACAGGUGAUCCCGAGGAGUUUCUACCCGGAGCUGCCUGCUGCCACCGUCCCGGCAGCGCUCUCCUGCGGGAACAAGACCUGGGUCGUCUCUUACCUCGGGGACCGCGAGCAGAGGAGGUUCGACGGUCGUUGGCGGGACUUCGCCGUUGACCACCGUCUGAAAGUCGGGGACGCCUGCGUCUUCGAGCUCAUGCACGGCGGCGGGAGCUUGAAUUUCAAGGUACAGAUCCUCGACGGCAGUGUCCCUUCCUCCCCCGUCGCCGCCGCCUCCGACGACGGCAGCAGCUCCGACUUCCCCAUCACCAUAGACUGA